CUAUCCAUAUAUUCUACUCUCUUUUCACCUCUAUUCCCCCUUUCUCUCUCACCUACAACUCCGCUUUUUCUCACUCUAAAAAUUCACUAAAUCCCCGUCGUACCAAUGGAAUCGCCACCGCCGCACCACCACCAACAACCACCGCAACACCACCACCAGCAACAACAGCAACAACAACAGCAACAACAACAGCUCCACCACCACCAGCAACAGCAGCAAGUAAUGAUGAUGGCUCCACAACUCAAUCCCUACGCGCCGCAAAUCCAACACAACAACAAUGGAAACACGAACAAUAACAAUAAUAACGCCGGUAUCAACAUUGAUUCCGCCUCGGCGGCGCUGAUGCAGCACGAUCCCAACCGGUUCACGUACAAUUCCAGUGAGCCGAAGCCGUUGGAGGCGAUUAAUUCGCAGUAUAGUGAUGGAUCGGCCGGGUUUAGUAUGGAACCGGCCAGGAAGAAGAGAGGGAGGCCGAGGAAGUACUCGGCCGAUGGCAACAUUGCGCUGGGAUUGUCGCCUGUUGGAGCUGUGGCGGUUGGAGGUCAUGGAGAUGGGAAUUCUGGUGGCCCGGGGACUGGAGGUGUGGUUGCGGGAUCCGAGUCUUCGAAGAAAGGGAGAGGGAGGCCACCUGGUUCUGGGAAGAAGCAGCUCGAUGCUCUAGGAACAUAUGGAGUUGGAUUUACGCCUCAUGUGAUUACUGUUAAUGCCGGAGAGGAUGUAGCAGCAAAGAUUACGGCUUUUUCGCAGCAAGGGCCACGAACUGUUUGUAUCCUGUCAGCAAAUGGUGCCAUAUCCAAUGUGACUCUACGGCAACCAGCAACGACCGGUGGAACUGUGUCAUAUGAGGGACGAUUCGAGAUUAUCUCAUUAUCAGGUUCCUUAACUAUGUCAGAAAAUAAUGGUAACAGCCGAACAAAUGGUCUCAGUGUGUCCUUGGCUGGUACUGACGGCCGAGUACUGGGUGGUGGAGUUGCAGGAGCAUUACUGGCAGCCACACCUGUGCAGGUUAUUGUUGGCAGCUUUAUUGCUGAUGGCAAGAAACCUAAAUCUGGACUAUCUCCAGCACCACCUCCGCAUAUGUUGAAUUUUGGUGCUCAAGUACCUGGGGUUAGUCCUUCAGAAGGAGGCUCAAGUGAGUCAUCAGAUGAGAGUGGUAGUAGCCCCCUUAACCAGGGCCCAGGAUCAUACAGCAACGCUAGCCAACCCAUGCCACCAAUGUACGCCAAUGCAGGGUCUAACAUUAUGUUUGUUUAGGACUAUCCUCUGCAUGUGUUAGAAGUUAAUAUGCAAAUGCUAGCAAUAAAAUAGGAGCUUAUUUCUUAAACUAGACGAGAGAUUUUCUGUUUUUGGAUAGUGUUAUUGUUUCAGUGUUUCGACACUCGACACUUGCCUCACCGUGAACCAGGGCUAGUUUGCUGAAAGAAGGCAUUAGGAUAUUUACUUGUUCUCCGCGGAGUAUACUUUGAUUUACAGAAUCCGUUGUUUAUUAGGAAUUAUUUAUGCACUGGAGAUUUUGAUUCUCUGUAGUAUGGUUU